CUUGUAUCUUUACAUUAUAUUUUAGAAGCUCCAAAAUGUUUAUUUUUGUCGUUAAUUGUCUAGUGAAUGUUAUCUACUUUACGUUUUUGCUUAAUAUGUCCUUGUCCUCUGCAAGCUAAGGGUUAAGGCAGCCAGCCUUGCGCACAGGUGUCUCGCCAGUCCUUUCUGAAACAGCGCCUGCAAACUGUUGGCGAACUUUUUUUCCCCUUUAAUUAAGUUGAUCAUAACUGUAACUCAGCUGGGAUUUGCUGUCCGACUAGACAGGCCACUGUAAUUCAUGUAGUUAGAUCUUAAGUGGGUUUGCUGACCGCAGCCCUAAUCUCUCGCUACUAUUAAACGUGGAGCGACUAACCUGGAGAGCUCUCCACAUCGACACCGGUCCCUGCACGCUCCCAUUCCGCUGCUUUCCUGCUGCAUCUGAUUCCAGUGGUUAGACAAGUAAUUGCGCGACGGUUUGAGUAUAGUUUACAGAAGUUUUUUCGACUUUAACGUGUUGCGUUUUGAAGAUUUUUUUCCCCCGUUACGCAUCGGAUAUGUGGUGGAUGCUGUUUCCCCGAUGGAUUUGGUUUCUGCUGGGACAUUGUUACACUAUUCUGAUUUAUAUGGACAGCUGCCGCGUGAGAGCAAUGCCCAUGCCCAUGUCUGUGGCAAAAGUGGUGUACUCUCACGCAGGUCUGUGCCCGAACGACUUGAACCCGAACCUGUGGGUGGAUGCUAUGAGCACCUGCAUGCGCGAGUGUGAAUCUGACCAGGACUGUGAGACAUUUGAGAAGUGCUGCCCUAAUGUAUGUGGUAACAAGAGCUGUGUGGCAUCACGCUAUAUAGACGUCAAAGGCAACAAGGGCCCCAUAGGAAUGCCAGAGGGCGCCACCUGCGACAAGUUCAUGUGCUCUCAGCAAGGCUCCGAGUGUGACAUCUGGGAUGGCCAGCCUGUUUGUAAGUGCCGGGACCGCUGUGAGAGAGAACCCCACUUCACAUGCGCGUCUGACGGCAUGACAUACUAUAACAAGUGCUACAUGGAUGCAGAGGCCUGUUCCAAGGGUAUCUCUAUCUCUGAGGUCACCUGCAGGUAUCACCUGACCUGGCCAAACACCAGCCCUAUCCCAGCAGAGACCACCUUACAUCCCACCACCGCCCUCCAGACCACCCUCCCAGCCGACAUCCAGCUUCCCACCAUACACAGCGGCCUCACCCAACAGGCUGUUUUUGUAGGUGAGACAGCGAGCUUCCUGUGCGAGGUGUCUGGAAAGCCACAUCCGGAAAUCACCUGGGAGAAACAACUGAAGGGCAAAGACAACACCAUAAUGAGACCGAAUCAUGUCCGCGGAAACGUUGUGGUCACUAACAUUGGCCAGCUGGUCAUAUACAAUGCACAGCUUCAGGAUGCCGGUAUCUACACGUGUACAGCUAAAAAUGUUGGGGGAAGUGUAUCGGCACACUUCCCCUUGGUAGUGAUCAGGAAGGAGGCGAAAGGUAAGAAUGUAGAGGGGAACAGUACCAACCUGCCAUUUCCAGCUCAAGAGUGUCUCAAGAGUCCAGACACAGAUGACUGUGGAGAAGAAAGCAUGAGCUGGUACUAUGAACCAAAGAGGAACAAUUGCUUCACCUUCACGUACAGUCAGUGCAAUAAAAACCGCAACCAUUUCGACACCUACGAAACCUGCAUGCUGUCAUGUGGAGGAGAGCUGGCGGCUCCCUGCAGCCUCCCGAGCCUCCAAGGGCCCUGCAAGGCCUAUGAGCCUCGCUGGGCUUAUAGUAGCCGUCUCAAAAAGUGCCAGUCCUUCGUGUACGGAGGCUGCGGCGGCAAUGAGAACAACUUUGAGUCCAAAGAGGCCUGUGAAGAGAUGUGUCCCUUUCCGAAGAACCACAACUGCAAGGUAUGUAAGCCCAGAGCCAAGAUGGUCACCAGCUUCUGCAAGAGCGACUUUGUGAUCCUCGGGCGUGUGACCGAGCUAACAGAGGAGCAAGAGUCAGGCCACGCUUUGGUGACAGUGGAGGAGAUCUUGAAGGAUGAGAAGAUGGGUCUGAGGUUCUUUGGCAAAGAGCCCCUUGAGGUGACUCUACUCAACAUGGACUGGAACUGCCCCUGCCCCAAUGUCACCACAGCCGACGGGCAGCUCAUCAUCAUGGGGGAUGUUGAAAAUGGGAUGGCCGUCCUGCAGCCCGACAGCUUUGUAGGCUCCUCCAGCGCACGUAGAAUCAGGAAGCUUCGUGAGGUUAUCCACAAGAAAACCUGUGAUUUCCUUAAAGAUUUCACAGCCAUCCAGUAGAGUCUUCUAAAAGUUGCACACUCGCUGAGAGUCAGUUUUGUUGUUUUCUGAUUAUUCAAAGCUCCAGUGACCUCAUCAGUCUGACCGACUGCCACAAACUUAAAACGAGUAACUUAUCUGUAACAUUGGAUGUUUUUCUCAGCCCAGUGGCUAGGCAAAAAUAUUGGCACCGACAUUUCUGCAAACCACGGACACCGUAUUCCCUCAAUUUAAAGCCGGGCCCCUAUUAGUGACCGGCCUCAUUUAGUAACCGGGUGUAAAAACAAUUUUUAGUAAAGAAAAGCCGGCCUCUUUUAUAAGCCGGGUGUCUUACCGGUGUUAUGUCAAAGUCUGUUCCCCCGUCGAUAUAUGUACCCCUUACCUUAACCUGCACCAACCUGACCUCUGACCCCAACCAGUCGUCCUUUAAGUUGCUUAACAUGACCCCAGGUUUACCUUAACCCCAAACAGUUCUCUCUACAAGGCCUAACCUUAAACUUAAAUCCUAACUCCAACCGCGGAGGUGAUGCUACGGACAACACCAUUCAGGAAACAUCAUUUGACGGGGUAACAGAUUUCGACACAACACCUGUACUUUGAAGUUUCACCACACGAGUUAGUACUGUAGGUAAAUGUCCUAUUCAUUCUCUGUAAAGUUGAGCCGUUUAUGCAGGUUCUUUUGGGCUUUUUAGUAGUUUAGACAUUUUAAAUCCUGCUUAAAAUGAACAUUCAGCGUGCUGUUCAUUGUUUGUUUACAUCCGAGUACUUCCAAUAUGGCCGACAUCCGGGUAACUGGCUCCAAUGCGCUGUGUAAAACACUCUAAAAAGUGCCGGUCAGAGCUGCUCUGAUUUUCUUUUUUUAAUAAAAGCCUCCUUCAAAUAAUAGCCUGCCCCUAUUAUUUUCAACACCUGUUAGCAGGUGCCAUGCAAUGUUCCAUGGCUUUUGUGCCUAACCUAACCACGCCCUCACCGGUUGUGAACUCUUGGGAUUAACGUGUCAUUGGCCGUCUAUUUCAGACAGAAUUCUUCUUCUCCUUCCGAUAACUUUGCUUUCUAUUUUGCAGGGGCACCGCCCACUACAAUUGUGAUUGGUUAAAAGAAAUACAAACAGCCAGAGUGUGCCAGACGUAUCCUCAAUGCUGACAGCGCU